AACCCAAAAUUUUGUUCCGUUUUCAAUCGGCGAUAAGUUCAACAUUGCAUACUUAAGAAAAGCUUUGAUUUAAAAGAGCCAGAUGAAGAUUGGCAAAAAAUUCUAUAUAUGCCUUUCUUAUGUAUUUUAAAGAAAAUUCUCGAUGAAUGUGUUUGUAAAGUGUCUUCUUCAUGAAAAGAGUAGCUACUACUAUGGAUGACUCCAAGGAUCUAUUUAGUAAAGUAGCUCUUGUAGAGCGUAACAUUCAACCGCAAGGUAUUCCAUUAAAUGAUCCAGAAGCUGUGGGUAAAACGUCUCGACAAGAUUUAAUUGCAUUGGCAACAGAAAUAGAAAAAGCAGACAACUUUGUUAAAGCAAAUGCCUGCAGCAAAUUACAAGUGAUUGUAGACCAAAUAAGGUACCUGAAGAAACAGGCUGAAAAUAUUCUCACAGAAGCUGAUUGGAACAUGAAAUUACAUCAUGUUCCUUGUAAUUUUGUAAAACAUCCUGGACACGUGUAUCAUUUGUAUCAAAAAGAAACUGGUCAGCUUUACUUAUCCAUGAUUAGUCCAGAAGAAUGGGCUAUAUCAAAUUCUGGACCAGUUCAGACUCACAAGGGUUCCUACAGACUAGAACAUGAUCAUUCAUGGACACCUUUAGAUGAGACUGAUAAGAAGAACAAGGAAAUGACUAUAUUGACUCAACUUUGGUCCAAUAUUUCAACAAAUGCAUUCAAAAGUAUUGAUUUAAAUGUAAAUAUGUAAAAAUGAUAUGUAACAUAUGUUUUAAAUAAAUUGUUCAUUUGAAAUGUAUUUCCAACUAAAA